CUCUGACAGUGACGAAGGCUGAAACUUUUGCAGUGAAAUAUUUGAAUCCUGACACUGAGGUUUUAGUUCCAUUGAGAGCAGCCCACAUCAGCACAUCGAGGAGAGACGUCAGAGAGAAACAUCAGACGAACAGGCUUAAUAAUCAGUUUCAACAAUCAGGCCGAAGAUGCAGAGCAGUUUAUUUCUGCUCACUGUGAUGGGUCAGUGUGUCUUCUUCACUUGUCACCACAUUGAGUACCACCUCAAUGAUACGGCAAAGACCUGGGAUGAAGCUCGGAGCUAUUGCAAAGAGAGAUACACAGACCUGGCUACAGUGUCUGACAUGACAGACAUGAAGAGACUCCUCCGUAAGAUUGUGAAUACACAGGAAGCGUGGAUCGGGCUUCAGAGCAACCCAGGACAAGACAAAAGGAUGUGGCACUGGUCUUUGCCAGGGACGCAAGGGGUGGCAUUAAACGAGCUUAAUGCUUACUUUCCUGAUCCUAAGCCAACUAAUGGAAACUGUCCUGAGAACUGUGCGCGGCUUGAGAAAGGAGAAAUACAUGAUACCCCCUGUGGUAUGAACAUAUCAUUUAUAUGCUUCAAUGGAACGGAGGAACCCCGAAAAAGCUUAAUUUGCAUCAACGAGUCAAUGAACUGGACACAGGCUCAGAAUUACUGCAGAGCCGAAUACACAGACCUGGUCAGUGGACCAGAUCUACUAGCUCAUUUAGCUGAUAACCCUAAUGGCACUGGUAGGUGGAUCGGCCUGUUCAGAGACACCUGGUAUUGGUCGGAUGGGAGCAACUCAUCUUUCCGACACUGGAAUCUGGGUUUGCUGAAGGAUGGCGUCGCGGGGGAAUGUGCAACUGUGUUAAAGGGAGAAGGAAAAUGGGACUCUGCUGCCUGUAAUGAAAGAAAACACUUUGUCUGCUAUAAAGACAAAGUGAUCCUGAUCCAGAAAGUAAUGAUGUGGCAGGACGCUGUCAAUUACUGCAGAGAGCACCACCGUGACUUGGUCUCCAUCACCGACCUUAACCAGCAGAGAUGGGUUGAAGCCAGAGCCAAAAAUGCUUCAACCGACCAUGUUUGGCUGGGACUGCGCUACACCUGUGUUAUGGAUCUGUGGUUCUGGCUCAAUGACCAUCUGGUCAGCUACGAGAAUUGGGAUCGCUCAGACGGAGAGUGUGACAAAUGUUACCAUGCUGCAGCCAUGACCAAAAGUGGAAAAUGGGUCAAAAAGGCUGAUACUGAGAAGUUUAAUUUUAUCUGUGCUUUAAAGUAAACACCCAACCUAAUCCCUUUAUAUUUCUGCUGGAUUUUCCUUAAAGGCUUUAUAUGCAAUUUUUCGUACUUAAAUAUAAUAGAAAUCAAGUAUAUCCUCUGAAAAUAACUCUGUGAGUCAUGACUGUCUACAAUGAGUGUAACACCCGAGUCCCACUGUCUGUGAUGUUUUCAGAGUUUUCAGAGUCCUAUCUUCAGUUUGUUUACAUCGCCGGGACGGCCGGCUGACUCCUCCCCUCGUGUAUAAAAGUUGUUUAAUUGAGGGACUAGAGAAAAGAAGAAUAACAUACUGUACUCACUGCUUAACUGUGUUUCUAGAUCACGCUCAUUUCAGGUAAAUUUACAUGCAGUGUGAAGAUACGAGCAUAAUAAAGAUCGCUAGCAUUAGCAUGCUAACACAACAAUGCACCGCAAGUUGUUUUGGUUUCAUGCUGGUGCUCAAGGGCGACAUCUGCUGGAUCAAAAAAUCGCAUAUAAAGCCUUUAAGCAACAAUAACGCUCUCUGUUUUUGCAGUUAAACGAGUGGUUAUAUAACAAAUAACAAGGAUUUAUGAAAUUAAUAUGGCUUAUUACUUAUUAUUAGCCACACUACAGCUAUACAACUUUUCAAUCUAUCCGCUCAUUCAGAAUCAAGAAAGCUUCUUGUUAAAGUAGUUAAAGUUUCUUGUGUGAAAGAGUGACUCUUUCAGCACGUCUAUACUGUUUGCUUCUCACAAUGACAAAAUAUUUGACUUUUUUUUUUUUUUGUUAAAAUCUGGUGGUGGUUACAUCAUCUAAAGCAAGUGAUUCUCAACUGGUGGGUUUUGACCCAAAAGUGGGUCAUGAAGAUGUUUUCAGUGGGAGAUGAAUGUGUGCCUGGAAAAAAAAGAAAAGAAAAGUGGCGUCAUAAAGUUUAUCAAGCCCUUUUUUAAACAUGUUUGUUUCGUUCUGUCACAUGUUUUUACAACCUGAGGCUCAAACGGCAUAAUUUUCUAUUAAGUAAAUCUCAGUGGUUAAAAAGAUUUUUCAUGAAGGAGUUGAUAGUGUGUACUGAGGCUAGACCAGUAGAGAACCAGUGAUGUACAGCAUAUUUUUUUUUUGUCAUGAUUACAUUUUUCAGUUUCAUGUAGGCUAAAUAGAUGAUUUACUCAUAAUGUAAACUUUACAGGUUUGUUUGUUGUUUGUUUCUAAAAUGAAAAAUUGCAACUGUCGGUAAAUAAAAUAAAAUGAAUAAACUGAUUAAAA